AAUUCACGAUUUCUAACAGCCAUUUCAUUUGGGAUAUUUCUAGUUUUCUACGUGACCACAUACAAUGACUGAGGCUGAAUUUUACAAGCCUUGACAUGUCCGUGAAGAAAUGCUGGAAUUGUCGAUAUAAGAAAGGAACCUUUUUCCAUUUUAUGAACGAUCAAACCAGGCGGGUGCAUUUUUAAAUAUAGGGCGCCUACACUACAUAUUUUCACAUAGGAUGACUGAACGGACUCCGCACGUAGCCUACUGCUGGAGAUACAAGAGGAUUUAUUAUAAUUUAUGUGAAAACGAAGCCGUUUAUGAUGUAUAUAAAGGUUGAAACAUUUGUUCUCUAUUUUUGAUCGAGGAUCUUCACAGACCAAGCUUGGAUUGUUCUCUAAAGGCUUCUUGAGGUGUUUUAUGGUUUAAUGUCCAUCGUUAUUUCCAGGAUUAUGUUUAUCAGCGCUAGCAUUCUGUUGAUGACAUUCACCGAAAAAAUAAGGAGGCAACUGUGAAACAACAUUUGUCUGAAGUGGAAAUUACAAUUUGUUCUCGUCUGUCACUGUGAUGAGAAUUUAUUGCUGAACAUCGCCAGCUUAUGGAAAACCCGAAGACAUGACAUGCACACGAAAAAAGAGGAAACGAUCCUUUUUGUUCUUUAAAACCUGCGUUUAUAUAAAUGGUCUGCAACAGGCUUAAUUGACGGGAAGAGACUUGCAAAAGCAUUUGACUAUAGCAUUUGACUACAUACUACGAUUUUAAAGAGCCUACUAAUUCGACAUGAUCUUUGAAUCAUCCUAUUUUUGAUGUGGGCUGCAACAAUCUCAACGGCCUAGAAUAAAAGCAAAAGCCUUUGUCUCGAGGACAAACAUAAUAAAUAAGAGCCUGUAAUAAGAAAAAGAGUGAGAGAAGCUUGGCGCCGAAAGAAACGAGGGGCAUAGUACAACAUGGGGCAAGGUGGACUGAAUCGCUCUGGUUCCAUGUGAGUUCCAGAAGAAAGGCAACCACGAGGACAAAGGAAAGGGCAGCUGGAGGAGGAGGAGGAGGAGGAGGGGAAGGAGGUGGAGUGGAUUUCAGGAGAUACAAGGACGUGAAACAAUUCGGGGAGCAAACAGGAUGGCCAACGGAAACGAGAGUAGUGAUGGUCCCAGUGGCUCCCUGGCGGCAGUAGUGGCGACUACAGGUGGGAUGGUGGCCGGGGGCCAAUCCUCAACCAUUUCAACCUACAUAAAACUGGUGCUACUGGGGCUGAUCAUUUGCAUCAGCCUGGUAGGGAACCUUGUGGUCUCCCUGCUGGUUUUGAGGGACCGGGCUUUGCACAAAGCACCCUAUUACUUCCUUCUUGACCUUUGCCUGGCUGAUACCAUCCGCUCAGCAGUCUGCUUCCCCUUUGUUUUGGUGUCCAUCAAGAAUGGCUCGGCCUGGACCUACAGCGUGCUUAGCUGCAAGGUGGUGGCCUUCAUGGCCGUCCUCUUUUGCUUCCAUGCCGCCUUUAUGCUCUUCUGUAUAAGUGUGACACGCUACAUGGCCAUUGCCCACCACCGAUUCUACUCGAAGCGCAUGACCUUCUGGACCUGCGUGGCGGUAGUGUGCAUGGUUUGGACGCUGUCAGUGGCCAUGGCCUUCCCACCUGUCUUCGAUGUGGGCACCUACAAGUUUAUCCGCGAGGAGGACCAGUGCAUCUUUGAGCAUCGUUACUUUAAGGCCAACGACACACUGGGUUUCAUGCUGAUGCUGGCUGUGCUCAUCCUGGCCACGCAUGUGGUCUACAUGAAGCUGCUGCUCUUUGAGUACAAGCACCGCAAGAUGAAGCCUGUCCAGAUGGUGCCAGCCAUAAGCCAAAACUGGACCUUCCACGGGCCUGGCGCCACCGGCCAGGCAGCAGCCAACUGGAUCGCAGGUUUCGGCCGGGGCCCCAUGCCGCCUACUCUGCUGGGCAUCCGGCAGAACUUACACAACCAGAACCGGCGCCUACUGGGCAUGGAGGAGUUCAAGGCAGAGAAGCAACUCGGCAGGAUGUUCUAUGUGAUAACUCUGCUUUUCCUGGUGCUUUGGUCUCCCUAUAUAGUAGCCUGCUAUUGGCGUGUGUUUGUCAAGGCCUGCACGAUACCGCACCGGUACCUCUCCACCACAGUGUGGAUGAGCUUUGCCCAGGCUGGGGUCAACCCCAUUGUCUGCUUUUUCCUCAACAAAGACCUGAAGAAGGGGCUCCUGGCUCACCUGCCUGCUUGCUGCAGGACUAAACCUCAUCUGCCCCGAGAGCCUUACUGUGUCAUGUGAGAAGAGACACUGGUCUGUACCUGGGAGGGUUGUGAGUGGGUUACAUGAGGUUUUGGGAAUUAUUAAGUGGCAAGAGGAUACUUUUGAGUUGUUGUGGCCUUUGAUUCAAUGCAAGAUGCUUUCAAGGAGUGGGUCAGAACCACUGAGAUGAAUGUCAAUCUAAUUUCACCUUAAUUAUAAUACUUAAAUACUUUGUCUCAGUGAAGGAUAGCAUAUGUGUCAUGAAUGGAUCUCAUUUAUACCCAAACCUGAUAAGAGGACUAUUGACCACCACAGGGGCAUGUAAACAAUGCAGUGUAGAAAGCAAGACAAACGUGAAGUUUGCUUCAACACCCAAAUACCCAAAUUUUACCUGGAACAAAAGUUAUGCGCCUUUGGUUCAUUUAGGAUUUUUUUUUAACAACCAGUGAUGUAUUUGGCACCAGUUAGUGCCAGAAAACAAAUGAUUUAGAGUUGUAUAAAUACCUGAUCAUUAGCAGUUAACUUUCAGCUAAAAUUAUACGGUUUUACAAUUUUAAAAUUAAGUUUUGGAAAUGAUUUCAGACACAU